AUGAACGAAGAUGGUCGCAACCCCUCGCUGUGGCGGUUUUUCGAUGGUGCAGCAUCGGUCAGCGCCAGCAUGCUUAUGGCGGUGCUUGCGAACGCAUGCGUGUUUUGCACCGGGCUGCCGCCAUUUGGUCAUCUCAAAGAACUGACCAACCGCGACGACGGGAUUAUAAUUGCGGCAACACUGCUCCUGUUUCCCACCACAGCAGUUCUGUACGGAGUAUUCAAAAUGUUCUUUGCAGCCAAAGAAGCGGUCGAACGCAAAGCUCGCGAACGCGGUCGCCAGGAAGGUAUCAGGGAAGGCAUCAAAGAAGGCAUCCGCGCCGGCCGCCAAGCCGGUCGCCAAGCGGAACGGGAACGCCUCGUUGCUGCCUUGGAACAACAGGGCGUCCAGCUCACCCCGGAACUCGCCAGAAUCCUUGCGGGGGACGAUGAAUAG